AUGCUUCCAACUCCAGACACCUCACAUGUCUCUUUCGACACCAUCUACGAACCCUCAGAGGAUUCAUAUCUCUUCCUGGACACACUGUCGUCAGAAUCAGAGUCCAAGUGGCUGUCUGAGCGCUUCCAGAAAACUAACAGCGAUUCGCUGGGUCAUGAGAAUAAUAACUCCGUGCCGUUAGUCGUGGAAGCCGGCACAGGCUCCGGCGUCGUGCUCGCAUUCGCAGCAGCCCACUCACAAAAAAUCUUCGGCCGACAAGACAUCCUCACUCUGGGCGUCGACGUGAAUCGAAAUGCCUGUCUUGCAACGCGCGAGACGGUAGCAACAGCGAUCAAGACCAACCAAAUACCAACUACAGACUCAGGCGCGCCCAACCUACACACUAUCCACAUCUCAUCCGUAACUGCCGAUUUGUGCACGUCUCUGCGGCCAGGGAGCGUCGACGUACUCCUGUUCAAUCCGCCGUAUGUACCGACGGAGGAGCUUCCGCGUCUACCAACGGCAGCGGAGAAUGACCCAGCGACGGUGCAGGGAUUGUCUCGGUCCGCGAAGUUUGAGAGCGAGUCGUUCUUUCUGUCGUUGACGUAUGCUGGCGGCGCGGACGGAAUGGAGACCACGAACCGUCUUCUCGAUGCUGUGCCUGGGGUUCUGUCGUCCCGCGGAGUCGCGUAUGUGCUGCUGUGCAAGCAGAAUCGGCCGGAAGAGGUUAAGGAGGUUAUUCGUGGCUGGGGUGGUUGGAAUGCUGAGACCGUUGGGUCAAGCGGCAUGAAGGCUGGAUGGGAAAAGUUAGUUAUUGUUCGCAUUUGGAGACAAGGGAGUGAUCGGUGA